AUGAUGGCGGACGCUGGUGAAGAUUUGCGAGCGCUCUUCGGGGCUGCAGUCCGCGCGGCGCUGGAGGCCUGGCCUGCCUUGCAGAUCGCUGUGGAGAACGGCUUUGGAGGUGUGCACAGCCAAGAGAAGGCUGAGUGGCUCGGGGGUGCAGUGGAGGAGUAUUUCUUCCGCAACGCUGACUUGGAGCUAGAUGAGGUGGAGGACUUCCUCGGGGAGCUAAUGAUGAACGAGUUUGAUACAGUUGUGGAGGAUGGGAGUCUGCCCCAGGUGAGCCAGCAGCUGCAGACCAUGUUCCACCACUUCCAGAGGGGUGAUAGGGCUGCUCUGAAGGAGAUGGCCACUCUCAUCACCCAAAGAAAGUGCAAGGUCAGAGCCACUGCACUGACGACAGCCGGAGAGACUGAUGAGGACAAUGAUGCAAACAGCAUGGAGCAGAUGGAGGUUGCAGCUACGAAUGAUGGGGCAGCUACAGAUGGGGUCUGCCCCCAGCCUGAACCCUCUGGUCCAGACUCCCAGACUAUUAAGGAAGAGGAUAUAGUGGAGGAUGGCUGGACCAUUGUCCGGAGAAAGAAAUGA